GCCUCGUCUUCCUCGUUGGGAGAGGUUGGGUACCGCAGCUCAAACCACUCCCGCGCUCUCCUCUUUAUUUUUUACCUUUGGUCUCAUUUAUCUCGAAAUGCAUUACACAAUAGAAAGUAUACGCAAUCUCCUGGCUAUCAAAAACAUCAAAAUCGACAAUAUUUUCUUCUUCUUCCACUACAAAGUAACAAUGGUGCUAUUAGUGAUAUUCAGUUUGUUGUUGUCUAAAACGCAUUAUUUUGGUGAUCCAAUUGACUGUCUCGUUGAGUCACUAAACAGUCACACAAUUGAUAUGUACUGUUGGAUCCAUUCCACGUACACCUUCCCAGCGCUUAACGGAGCCCGGGUUGGGGAGGAAGUGGCGCAUCCGGGUGUGGCAAACUAUGAAGGUAUGCGGCGCCCCGGUGCUGAUCCUGAGCUCUACAGCGUGAGGCACCACAAGUAUUAUCAAUGGGUCGUCCUCUUUUUGUCACUUCAGGCGUUUAUGUUCUACGUGCCGCGAUACAUGUGGAAGACUUGGGAGGGCGGUCGCGUGGGCAGACUGGUUGGCGAACUAAACCUACCCGUGGGUGACAGCGACUCGAGGCAUCAGACACUCACCCUUGCCGUGGAUUACUUCACCCGAUACUUCCACUACCACAACAUUUAUGCCUUCCAGUUCUUCUUCUGCGAGCUUCUGAAUUUCAUCAAUAUAAUAGGUCAAUUUUUUUUGACGGACAGAUUUUUAGACUACAGCUUCAUGAACUAUGGCCCGAGGGUGACAUCAUAUGGAUGGUCGAAUGCCUUGUAUGGCGAUGAUCCAAAGGACGAGAUUUUUCCUAAGGUCGCCAAAUGCGUAUUCCACAAAUUUGGUCCAACGGGCACCGUCAUGCGCCAUGACGCACUCUGUGUUCUGUCGCUGAAUAUUCUCAAUGAAAAAGUCUUCGCAUUCCUCUGGUACUGGUUCAUUGCACUGGCAGUCUUCACCGCAAUUGGUCUCCUGUACCGGCUGGCGACGCUCCAGCUGUCCUUCCGCACUUACCUCCUAAGAAGACAUGCUCGUCUGGUGCCCGGAGAAAAGAUCGAACAAAUUUCACGCAGAUGUUACAUUGGAGACUGGUUCAUCUUGUGUUUGCUUGCCCAGAAUAUGGACGCCUUCGCCUAUCGAGACUUCAUGAUGCAAUUAAGUGAACGAGUGGUAGAAAAAGAGCACGUAUCGUAAUCCAGCCGUCCCAGCACUUAUCCCACACCACCCAGAGGCGAAAAACCCAGUAUGGCUCUGCUAAGUAUCCCCUUAAGCGUCGCUGGAAAUAUAUUGAUACUUGUAAAAAUAUUAUCGGCCAGCCAGACUAACUAUUUUUCCUCCCAUCAGAAUGUGUUGAACGUCUUCUAAUCAAUAAUUUUAAAACUUUUUCGAAAUGUAAAAUAAAAUUGAGGUUACACAAAAAACACAGACCCGAGAUUAGCCACACCCUUCCUCAAGGAUACUGGUAUUGGCGAAUUAGUUUAUUUUCCUCUCCUUCUUUUUUUCUCUUUUUCAUCGUCUUCUUCUUGUUCUUCUUCCUCUUUUCCUUCUUCUUCUUCUCUUUCCUCUUCUUCUUCUUCUUCUUCUUUUUUUUUUUUUUCUCCUUCUUCUUCUUCAUCUUCUUUUUCUUCUUCUAUUUCUUCUUAAUUUUUUUAUUUUCAUUUUUUCUACUUUUUCUUUCUCUUUUUCUUUUCCUUCUUCUUCUUCUUCUUCCUUUUCUUCUUCUUCUUCUUCUUCUUUUUCUUGUUCUUGUUCUUCUUCUUUUCUUUCUAUUUCUUCUUCUUCUACUUCUUCUUCGUCCUCUUUUUCUCCUUCUUUUUCUUCAUCUUCUUUUCUUUCUAUUUCUUCUUCUUCUUCUUCUUCUUCUUCUUCUUCUUCUUCUUCUUCUUGUCCACCCUCCAACUGUGUCGCCAAUAAUUCUAGAGCAGUGUUCUUCAACCUUUCAUAAGUUCCUGCACCGUUCCGGAAGCCUUGAGGAAUCCAUGUAUCAAAGCUCCUUGGGCAAUUAAUUACCACAAAAUGACAUAAAUACUUCAGGUUUUCUUUAGUAUUAAGACUGAAAACAUAUAAACAAAACCAUGAGGUCUCAGUUACAUAUAUCGUCACCUUCGUAAGCAAACCGUCUAAGUCAUUAUUUUCUACUUUACAGGAGAUCAGAAAAGAAUUGUCAUUAUCUCAUUUGGCUUAAGAUUUAGGCAGAAAUGAGAAGGCCAAUUCUAGAACACUCAAACCCUGAAUGACGAAGGCAACUAUACAAAACCGGGCGUCACGUGUUAAAAAAUUGAUGUAGACAAAAACCUGGAGAUCGUUGAAAAAUGACUUAGGGGAUUAUUUUAUGAGGGUGACGAUAUGGAACAUUGAUACUUUGUCCAAAAUAUUUGUGCUAUAGGUGCUAAAUGUCCAAUACAACAAUAUAAUAAUGUGAAUACGUUUUGCAUUUCUUUUUAUAAAUGUACAUAUGUGUUUUUUCAAAUGGUUGUAAAAGAUGCAAGGGGCUUCGUGGUGCAGUGGUUAGCACACUCGGCUCACAACCGAGAGAGCCCGGGUUCGAUUCCCGGGCGGAGUGGAAAAAUUUGGGCGGCUCUUCCGAUACCCUACGCCCCUGUCCACCCAGCAGUGAAUGGGUACCAGGUAUUAAUCGGGGGUUGUGUCCCGUCUCCUGGGGUCUGUUCCCUUCUCCUACAAUUCCUUUCCCUUCUGUCUCUCUGGCAUAUGACCACAGAUGUUGCGCCGAUUAAACGAAACUUUCCUUUUUUGUAAAAGAUGCAUAUGGAAUAUAAUAACAUUGUAUACACAGUGUUCGAAAAUAGCAAAUUAAAAAGAUUCAUGUAUAUACAUUUCCCACACUUUGGGGAGAAUGGCUCUUAUACUUAAAGUUAAUACUGUGUGUAAUAUACAAAUAUACUGUGAUACUCAGAUUUGUAAUACUUUAAUCGCAAUUUCAAUUAGUUUCUGAUAUUACAUUUUAUUUUUCAUGAAACAUCUUUUCGUAGUGGGCACUCAUAUAUACACAGGUCAUAUAAUGCCC